CGACGCGGAAUUCGAAGUUCGGUCUUGACGCUCGCAUAGCCGUCUUUCACAAGUGAAUACGUUUUAUUUAAAAAUGAUUGAUUUAUAAAUUAAAUGAACAUAAAUAAUACUGAAAAUAUGACAUUAUAUCAUUUCGGAAAUUGUUUAGCUUUAGUAUAUGUUCCAUAUUACCUUACUUACAAAUAUUCAGGCCUAUCUGAAUAUGGUGCAUUUUGGAAAUGCAUUCAAGCUGGGGGUAUUUAUAUAUUCACUCAAUUAGUAAAAAUGCUUGCGCUUGCUACUUUCUUUCCUACAGCUGACAGUGUAGGAGAAGAAGGUUUUGAUAUAAUUGGUGAAUUUUUAAAAUCAUCAAUAGAUUUAGCUGACUUAGUAGGAAUAUUAUUAGUAUUAAAUAGUAUACCUGGUAAGGGACAUGCAAAAGUCUUAACUGCUGGAGUUGGAUGGGCUGGAGCUGAAGUAUUGCUUACUAGAUUUCUUUUGUUAUGGGUUGGAGCAAGAGGUGCAGAAUUUGAUUGGAAAUACAUUCAGAAGAGUCUUGAAUCUAAUAUUAAUUUAGUGCAACAUAUAACUAUGGCAACACUUGUAUGGUUAUGGUCAAGGCAUGAUUUAAAACGAGGUUUAGUUCCAAUAGUAGUUAGCAUGCUCAUACUUACUGUCUAUAGGCAGCUUGUGUUAGAUUUUCUUAUAGUAUUUUUCUUAACUGGCCCAUGGUCAACUCUUAUUGUUAAAGCUAUUACCACAUUUAUUAUGGGUAUUACAACAUUAUAUAUUUAUGCAGAUCUUGCUCAUUCUAUUGGUAUCUUUUGAAUAAUAUUUCUAAAGAAUAUAUUUUUUAUUUUGGGCUGUUGUAAUAUAUAUGUAACAAAAUAAAUCCUAUUCUGGUAAUGAAUCGCA